CAUUAGGCUAGCAGACAUGCCAACAGAGUGUAACUGCCCGCUGCGACACUGAAGAGGCAUGUUAGUAAAAAUAGAGCGCGUUGCUAGGCCACAGCGUUAAUACAUGUCGCCAUAACUCGAACACUGAUGCAUAACUGCGCAAUUACAACAGUUUGUACGCAUACAACCCUGUGCCCUCGUUCUGGGCCAACAUGAACCCCCAGUAAUCGGCGCUUGUUUCGUUGCGCGUUGUUGAAGCCACGCAUGGACGCAACCUGCCCUGCUGUCUGCCGUGGUUUGACCAGCAGCUCACACAGGGGCCACCGCGCAGCACUGGGAGGGCUCCGCCAGUCUUGCUGUGCCAACAAUCGCAGGCCCCCAGCUCUCGGCGCCGGCUCGGGCCCCCGCAGCCGGCAGCACACAGCUGCCCUGCGUGGUGGCAUGCUAUCCCAAGCCGCCGCUCCUCUGGGCUCGCGGCUGCUGCUUCACAGCGCAGCCGCGGCCGCAGCUUCCUCUGCGGCAGCAUCCGCGCCCUGUGCCGGCCUGGCAUCCCGGCGCUUUGGCGCUACCCGUAGCUGGGGCCUGACUGCCGGGCCCGCGGUCACAGCCGCGCCCUCCAGUCUCCCGCUGCACCUCCGCAACCUACACAGCAGCCCAGACUCACACCAUGGGUCCGGCGCCGUCACGCCGGACCCAUCCAGCGGCGGCGCUGCAGCCGCGCGGGCGGGGCCCGCUGCCGACGCUGACCCUGCUGCCACCGGCACGGCCCCCACGCCCAGCCCGGGUCGGGGCGACCCCGGCUUCUCCCCCGGAUGGACACUAACCCUGGAGCGCGGCAUCGGCAAGUCGUACGGCAAGGAGGCGGAGCUGCAGGCAACUGCCGCCUUCCGUGCCGAGGUGUUUCCGGACCUGCCCAUUGCCACCACGUGGCAGAAUUGGGUCAAGGCGAUCCGCAGCUCGCUCACAACACCACCUGCCGAGGACCCCUCGCCGCCCUUCACACACUACGCCACGCGGCCGGGCGCUCAAAAGGUCAUCACUGUGGCCGCCAACUUACGUUCCCCGCUCGAGAUCGAGCAGCGGGUGGCGGAGGCGGCGGGCGACGGCGCGGAGGCGGCGGGCGGCCAGCGGGCGAAUGUGCUGCUGUGCGUGUCAGGCUCACACCCGGUCCGCACGCUGCCCGGUGUGGCCAGCCUGCUCCGCAGCAGCCUAGACACACUGCGAAUCGCCGACCGGCUGCGGCAGCGCGGCUACAUCCCGCCCUGCACCCAGCUUUGGGUGGUCGCCAACCCCAACACCGAGCGCGGCGCAGGCCUUCUAGAACGCAAGACGGAGCUGGGAGCCAAUGCGGUGCUCACCCAGCCGCCACUGGACUGGGAGGCGUAUCUGGCGUGGUUGGAAGACGCCCGGCGCCGCGGCCUGCUGAAUGAGCAGCUGCCGCCCGGCAAUAGCCGCAGCACCAGCCUCAGCAGCAGCGGCAGUACCAGCAGCAGUGGCAGUAGCAGUGCGGGGCCGCUGCGGCUGAUUGUUGGCCACCCCAUGGCGAGCAGCGCCGCCAACCUGUCGUUCUGGGUCAGUCUGGCGGGCUGCGGCGGCUCGGCAGCGGCGCGGCAGCUGGUGGCUGACGCCUUGCGGGCGGAGGCGGGCGGCAAGGAGGCGGCGGCGGCGCACGCGGCGGCCUACAACUCCAAGCUGGUGGAGCAGGUGCUGGCGCACGGGGGCGUGGCAGGACUACACGUGAUGCCCAUUGGCAAGGCCAGCAAGGCGCUGGCGCUGCGCAUGCUGGCGGAGGGCGCCCUGCCGCCGUCUGUAUGAGCGGGUGUGAGGAGGGCGCGGGCGCGCGCACAGGACAGCUUUGGUUGCUCAUGUUUAAUGUGCGUGGAUAGCUGCGCUUCAGGAGAUGGUGUGGGUUGUGUUGAUGUGAGCAAGACUGCGCGUGGAGGUGGGGCAGGGCCUCAGGGGUUGGCGAUGCAGCGUGGCGGGGGCUUAGCGGGCUGCUUACCGUACGCUCCUAUCGAUCUAUUCUGGUCAAGUGCACCCGUUAUCAUGGAUUUUGUGGAAUUAUGAGGCGUGUAGAUAUGAAACCAGGGCUCGGCUUCCGCACGGUUGCUCCUCGGAGUGCAGGAACUGCCAUGUUGUCAUCAAAUGGAGGGAGUGGUGUAGGUUGGGGUGCGUGUGCCGGGGAGGACUGAAACCAGAGCUCAGGUUCCACUCAUUUGGUCCUUGAAGUAAGGGUGUGCAUCACGAACGGUCCUGUGAGAUGCUUGGAUCGUGCCUCGUGGAGCCAGCGCCUAUUGGCCCUCCACUUCUCGUUGUGAGCAAGGGCUUAAAGGGAUUGCAAUACAUGUGCUGAGUAUGUACGGCAAUGACAGGAAGCCAAGAGCCAGAGCUGACAUUUACGGUAGUGUGGCCUUUCUGCUGGUGUGCCACAAGAAAAGCGUUCAGGUGCUGGUUGGCAGCUGGUAGCCGCGACGUGCUCUGGUGUGAAAAGCCACCUACCCGCACAAAGCCCGCUUGAGCUUGCACGUG